AUGUGGAACGUGAAAUCGCAUUUUUUGGCUUCUUAUUCGUCUUAUUCGGGUCUUCUGCUAGUGUUACAACUGAUUAAUCAUGUUUUAACUUUUAAAAAAAUUACAAUGAAGGAACAAAAAAUUUUAACACAUAUGUUAGUCUCAAUUGAAAGACUUGUAAAAAACCAAAUAUUUUAUCAAGAGGUAUAUGGAGAUCAAAGCAUUGCAUUUGUUAUGGAACUACUUUUCCGAUGUUUGUACCAGAAGGACACAGAAAUUCAAGUAGAUCAACGUCUUUUAUUAGCAUUAGGUUCAUAUAUUUGGGAGUGUAUAGUGUGGUGCUCCAAAAAUCUUGAGAAAUUCAUUGAAAGUGGAGCAAUAUAUGUUAUUCUUGACAUUAUCGAAGUUGUCCCAUACACUUCUCAGCGUUUAUAUCUUACUAUUUUGACCGAUAUGUGUGAAAACUAUUUUUGUGGUGCUUAUUUGUGUACAUGGAGAAGAAUCAAUAAGAAAACUGGAUUAAUGUCCUUAUUAGCAACAAUAUGGAGAGAAGAAGAAAUCCGACUUCAAGUAAAAAGAUGCUCAGAUGAUGAAGAAUUUCCCGAAAUGAGCAGGAAACAGUGGUUAGAAACUUAUGAUAGAAAACUCUGUGGACACAUUAGUCCAGCAAUAAAUGAUAUGGUCGGUUCAGUUAGAUCAAAGAUAUAUAGUAUUAGAAAAAUUAUUGAAAGAGACAAUGAGAGGUUUGAAAUGGCAAAGCAGCAUUACAAAAUAAUGUACCAUGAUCUUCCAAUGGAGGAUAGAAUAACAAUAUCUAUCACAGAUUUGUAUUUUAAAUUAAAGUUAGGACAAGUAUGGGUAGAAGUAGGUAGAUAUUUUGAGCAAGUUGGGACUACUCCUCUUGGUAUGGAUGGUCAAGCAAUAUUUUUGAUGACCCAAAGAUAUAAUUCAUGGGGUAGAUUACUAAAAGAAGUACAGAAGAUGAUAAUACAGUCUAUAAAAAGAGAAAAAGAAAUUCAAGAAAAAGAUGAGUAUGCUAGGAUUAAAGACUCUAAGCUUAUUUUGUCAUUAAAUGCAUUUGAUGAAUUAGAGUAUAUAUACAGAACAACAAAUAGAGCAUAUAUGAUAAAGAAAAAAAAUGAACAAAUACUGCAAGUUAAUGCCGUUUUGAAUUCUGCAUCUGAUAAUAAUUACGAACAACAGUUCCACAGAACAUUUAUGGAUAAAGUUUGUUUCACAACUAUAUUUGAUCAACACAUCAUGAUUAAUAAUCUAACAUCUGAUGAAAAUUUUGGUCAACCGAAGGUCCUUCCUGUCUCUCCUUGUCAAUCGCAUAUUUUUGAUGAAACAUCGUUCUCUGAAAUGUCUUGCUUAUCUUUAACGAGCGACAAUUUCUCUAGAUUGGAAGAAUUUGAUGAAGAAAUAUUAAAAUAA